AAGAUAAAUUGGAGAACAAUUGCGUCCUAUUUUUCGAUCUACAUGGAAUAAAAUUUCAUAUAAAAACCAGGCGCAUACCAGACCAGCUUUCAAACAAUUUUUUGCCAAGUUUUGUACAAAGUGGUUCGAAAAAAUGAGGUCGAUUGUGGCAAUUUUGUCUCUUUUUCUGAUCGCUCAGGUGGUCAAUAGUGAAUUUGUAAAAUUUGAUCUGGUGGCAAAGAAGUUUUAUAAGUUGUCAAAAGUGAUAAAAAGCCCACAACUUGAUUUUUUGCUCAAAAUUACCAAAGACACAAAUGCAAUCAAGAAAAAACUUGAUAAACUUCCACGGAAAAACGUGAUUGAUCCAAAAGUUGCUGAAAACAUAAUCUAUUAUGUGCCAGAGGACUUGAAAUUCAAUGGAAUAAGCGCACGCGAAAUUUUACGUGGAAAAGUAAAGUCAAUUAACGACAUGGAAAUAAACACAGUUCCACAAUUAGAUGCACAAAUUUGUAAUAAAAUGGCAUACGAAAUUUUAGAUGGAGAUAUCAACAAAUUCUAUGAGACUUGGGCUUCUUCUGGUUAUACCGACAAUAGUCAUUUGAAAAAAGUUGAACAAAAUAUCGGAAGAAUGAAAACGAAAUUCGAAAAUUGGCAGAAAAAUUUUGAUAAAAAUAUGAAAGAGGCAGAUAUAAUAAGGACCACCAUUAAAUCAAUGUUCAGCGAAAAAACGGCUAUAGUUGAAGCAGCAAAUGGAAACGCUGAAAAAAAAAUUGAUGCAUUAUUCGAAAAAAUUCUCUUAAAAGAAUCCGAAUUGGUUGGAAAGCUUACAAACGCGAACGAAAUUUUGAGGCUGUAUAACGAAGAACGCCUUGUAUGGACUGAAUUCAUAAUGGGAAAGAGGAGAACUCUUACCGAUAACCUUCUAUUAACCAAUCAUUAAAUAUAAUUCAAUUCAUUUUAACAAUCAAAAUUUAAAUAGAAUAAAUUUGUUUGGCAUCUUAAAAAAUA